UCUAAUUUUCUCACACAACCAGAAAAAGAAAUAAAAAGAAACAAACUUUACUCUCUCUCUCCCCCCUCUCUCCGUUUCUCUUUAUCGGAACGGAAGAAAGAAAAGUAAAAGAGAGGAAAAAAAACAUUGAGCGAAAAACCCUAACCUUUCUCUGUGUGUGUUCAUUUCCGCAUUUAGGGUUCCGAUUUGGAAUUGAGAGAGAAAGAGUGGUUUCUAGGGAUUCGAUGGAGUGAGUGAGACAGCGUUUGUGAGAUCUGCGAAGAAGAGAACCCCCUUGAAGGACCGUUAACAAUGGCUUCUGCUGAGAGGCAGCUCGAAGAGCAGCUUCGUGAAGCUGGGAACAAGCUUCUAGAUCCUCCUUCAUCCGUCGACGAACUUCUACCUCUUCUCGAUGUUAAUUUCUGGUGUACCGAAUUAAAAAGGACGGUGAAAAAUAAAAAAAACAUUUACCGGCUUACCGGUGUGGGUUCUUUUUACUUUAAGUCUUUAACACAUGCCCAAACCCCUGAGCGUUGAGCAGGUUUAGGUUAUUCAACCAUUGCAUUUAUUUUAUCUUACUUUAGACAGAAAUAGUGCGGUCCUUUAAUUCUAUUCGGCCGACGGAUUGAUUAAUGAAAUAAUUAAAUUUUAAAAUUCAACCUUAAAAGUUAAAACCCUAAACCCACUUUAAUGGUGCCCAAUUGUCAAUUCAACUCAACUCUACGAAGCUUUGUUAGCCGCCCGGCCUCAAAAUUUUCAUUCUCCCCUCUUCACACUUCAAAGCACCCUCACCCCGUUCUCCUCUCCCUCACGUCACAGGCCAGGCUUAGUCUAAAGUUGUCGUAGCUUGUUUAAUGCAAGGUAUAGUUUGGUCCGUUUUCAUCCUGGAAUGAGAAAUAGCAUUGCCAUUGCGGUUUCUCUGAGAUUGAGACCAAACAUUAGCAACACUCUACCACAUCACAAGUUCCGGCCAACUUGCUUUCACAGCCAUGAAGGACAUACCAUUAGUUGCGUGCCCUACCCCGCUCCUCAAACAAAGCCCAUGGCGCUUCAUUUCGAGAUUCUUGGCCGGUUCAACCGUGCUCGUGCAGCUCAAUUGACCCUUCCUCACUUUGUGUGUCAAACACCACUAUUUAUGCCAGUGGGUACUCAAGGGACAAUCAAAGGCUUGACAAAUAACGAACUUGAGAGAAUUGGUUGCCAAAUAAUUCUGGGAAACACAUAUCACUUGGCCCUUCGACCUACUUCCGAGCUUCUCGAAGAAGCUGGUGGUCUUCACAAUUUUAUGAACUGGCCACGGGCUAUGCUUACAGACUCUGGUGGCUUUCAAAUGGUCUCAUUGUUGCAUCUUGCUGAUAUCACAGAAGAAGGUGUGACAUUUCAGUCACCGGUGGAUGGCAAGCCAAUGCUUCUUACACCCGAAGAAUCAAUUCAGAUACAAAAUAGAAUUGGAGCAGAUAUUAUUAUGGCUUUGGAUGAUGUCGUAAAGACCACCAUUACUGGUCCAAGAAUUGAGGAAGCUAUGUAUCGAACGCUUAGAUGGAUAGACAGAUGCAUAACAGCCCACAAGAGACCUCACGAUCAGAACUUGUUUGGUAUUGUACAAGGUGGUUUAGAUCCUGAGUUGAGGGACAUCUGUGUCAAAGGUUUGGUAGACCGCAACUUGCCUGGCUAUGCUAUUGGUGGUCUUGCAGGAGGCGAAGAUAAAGAUUCGUUUUGGCGAGUUGUUGCUCAGUGCACUGCUGCUUUGCCAGAGGAUAAACCACGAUACGUUAUGGGAGUUGGUUAUCCACUUGAUAUUGUUGUUUGUAGUGCUUUGGGUGCAGACAUGUAUGAUUGUGUCUACCCCACCCGUACAGCACGUUUUGGGACUGCCCUUAUUCCUGAGGGAGUACUAAAACUAAAACAUAGAGCCAUGGCUGAUGAUACUCGACCAAUUGAUCCUACCUGCCCUUGUAUGGUUUGCAAGAACUACACCAGGGCCUACAUCCAUUGCCUUGUCACUAAAGACGCCAUGGGGUCUCAGCUUCUAUCAUAUCAUAAUUUAUAUUACAUGAUGCGGCUUAGCAGGAAUUUACACACAUCAAUAGUUGAGGGAAGGUUCCCAAAGUUUGUAUGCGACUUUUUACAAACAAUGUUCCCCAAAGGUGAUGUUCCUGAAUGGGUCUGCAAUGCUAUGGAGGUGGCCGGAAUCGACAUUUCUUCCUGCUGUGCUCCAUUUCCAUCAUGCCAAGAAAAGUAUUCCAGCGAUGAAAUCGGAACUAAUGACAUACACAUGGAGUUAAGGCUUACACACACAAGUUAUAGACCAACACGAAAUUUAGAAAUUUAGCCGAGCAUGGAAGGCAUGCACAAAUUAGUUUACACAAUGAUUUUUUUGCAGGUUAAUGCUUACUUUGGUUCUUCUAUGUACACGCGUGAAUUAUUUUACUUGACUCGUUAAAAUCAAUGAGAACUAAAAUGACUGACGCGUGUACUUAUGGAGAUCAAAGUGAGCAUUAACCUGCUUACUUUUGGUAGCAUAAAUUUUGUAUCCUGCAUAUGCUGCUUUGAGUAAAAUUUAUUUAAAGGUUUACACCAAAUCUUUUGUUCUUUCCAAUUCUUAUUGUCAACACAAGUGGAGAUUAGGGUUGUAUUUGUGAAAGGAAAAAGAAAUGGCGUAACAUUAUUUAAGUCUUGCUGUUUAUGUCGUGUCAUUUUAUAUCUUUUAAUUCGAACUUGAAAGAGCCUUCUUUAAGCAAAUUUUUUUUCCUUUCAA